UGUAUAUGCUGGCCGUGCGUGGGGGUGCAGGGUCUGGUCUAUUUCUCAUGUUUGCUGUGGUGUUGAACAGGCGAUCGGGGAUGGGAAUCUCAUCACAGGAGUGUGCAAAGUGAACAAGAAAUCACUGCUAAGGUUAUUACAAUCUUGGGAGAAAAUACAAGGCAUGCAAUGAUUAUUGUUAUUUUAUGAAGAUCAUCAAUCGCUUCUGAGUGACACAAUUAAACAAAGGCAUACCGAAAACUUUGGUAAAAGAAAGGUUCUCUUUGUAAACAUUUUUAAACAAAGCCGUGGGGCGACUUUUUCCCCCCUCCACGUUUUCGGCAAAGGUACUUUAGUUUUGAGAAGCUGAAUUCAAUGUCGUUUUCUUUAUACAGCGUGCAGAAUUUUGGAGCGACGUUUUUUUUUUCUGCUGUCUACAAAUUAAUUGGAAACGGGUCGUUUUUUUCCCCCUAUAUUUUUGAGAAGGCGAUACUUUUGAACGCGGCUUUUUGGGGAGAAUUACAUCUAUAAACUCGACAAGCUUUCUGUUUGGAAAAAAGGGGAGAACUUAAUAACCCGUUGUCUGCUUUUGAAGACCUCGUUUCUGGAGAUCGAGGAUCUACAGUUUAUUAGAGAUUUUAAUAACAUUUGAAAGGAUUUCAGUCGCUUGGGUUGAGUUAGGAAAAACAAAAACCGAGGCUAAUCGAUUCCAGGAUCGCUCUUCAAAGUGUCGGGGUUUCUGAUCGGAGGUCUGGACGACCCGGAGCUGAUGCGAUGAAGUGCCCCGCGGAACGUGCCCCACAGCAGUAGAACUAGCCGCCCGCCCCUACCCGUCUCGGGAUGUUUCCCUGGAGCCUCCUUCUCUUCUGGGCCCUGUUGGCCCCAGCCAGUCGCACGCAGGCACGGCCAUCCGUCAGUGAUCAAGUCCCGCUGGAUGCGCGAGUGGAGACGUACGUGGUGCGCCCCGGAGAGUCCUUGGAACUACGCUGCAACAUGCGGGACGACAUGACCAGUGUGAACUGGACCAAGGACCGCGUGGCCCUGCUGGGAGGAGACCACGUCCACAUCAUGCCCGGCCAGCUGGAGAUCCAGAGCACGGAGCUCGGCGACUCGGGGCUCUACUCCUGCGAAGGCAUCGGACCCCUGGGCAGCGAGACCACUUACUUCUCUGUCAAUGUCUCAGCUGACGCUCAUCCUUCCUCGGAGGACGAGGAGGAUGAUGACUCUUCCUCGGAGGAGAAGGAAGGGUCCAGCAGCCAGAAGCAGAUCCCGGUGCUCCCGUUCUGGGCUAUGCCCGACAAGAUGGAAAAGAAGCUCCACGCGGUGCCGGCUGCCAAGACGGUGAAGUUCCGAUGCCCAGCGAAGGGGAGCCCAACCCCCAGCCUCCGCUGGUUGAAGAACGGCAAGGAGUUUAAACCUGACCACCGCAUCGGAGGCUACAAGGUGCGGGAGCACACCUGGAGCAUCAUCCUGGACUCGGUGGUGCCCUCAGACAAGGGCAACUACACCUGCCUGGUGGAGAACAAGUAUGGGAGCAUCAACCACACAUACCAGCUCGACGUAGUGGAGCGCUCUCCACACAGGCCCAUUCUUCAGGCCGGCCUCCCCGCUAACAGGACCGCCGUGCUGGGCAGCGAUGUGGAGUUCAACUGCAAGGUGUACAGCGACCCCCAGCCCCACAUCCAGUGGCUGAAGCACAUGCAGAUCAACGGCAGUCGAUUGGGGCCGGAUGGGAAUCCCUUUGUCCAGGUUCUCAAGCACUCUGGGAUUAAUAGCUCGGACGCUGAAGUUCUCACCCUGUACAAUGUCACCGAGGAGGAGAGUGGAGAGUAUAUUUGUAAAGUGUCCAAUUAUAUAGGAGAAGCCAACCAGUCUGCGUGGCUAACGGUCACCAGGCCCGAGGCAAGAGCGGACCCUCCCCCCCAGCCCGUCUCAAACCAGCUCUAUCUUGAGGUGCUCAUCUACUGCACCGGAGCCUUCCUCAUCUGCUGCAUGGUGAUCAUCGCCAUCAUCUUCAAAAUUAAGAGCAGCGCCAAGAAGAGUGACUUCAACAGCCAGCUGGCCGUGCACAAGCUAGCCAAGAGCAUUCCGCUGCGCAGACAGGUAACAGUGUCUGUUGGCUCCAGCUCCUCAAUGCACUCUGGGGUGAUGCUGGUGCGCCCCUCUCGCCUGUCCUCCAGCGGGACCCCCAUGCUCCCCGGGGUGUCCGAGUACGAGCUGCCGGAAGACCCCCGCUGGGAGUGUAGCAGGGACAGGCUGGUGCUGGGAAAGCCGCUGGGCGAGGGCUGUUUCGGUCAGGUGGUGAUGGGAGAGGUCUUGGGAUUGGACAAGGAGAAACCCAACCGGGUCACCAAGGUGGCUGUCAAGAUGCUGAAAUCGGACGCCACGGAGAAGGACCUGUCUGACCUGAUAUCGGAGAUGGAGAUGAUGAAGAUGAUUGGGAAGCACAAGAACAUCAUCAACUUGCUGGGUGCCUGCACUCGGGACGGCCCCCUGUAUGUGAUUGUAGAGUACGCUGAAAAGGGAAAUCUGCGGGAGUUUCUGCGCGCACGGCGCCCCCCGGGGAUGGAGUACUGCUAUAACCCCGACCAGGUCUCUGAAGAGUACAUGUCUAUCAAGAACCUGGUCUCUUGUGCGUAUCAGGUGGCCCGCGGCAUGCAGUAUCUGGCUUCCAAGAAGUGUAUCCACAGGGACCUGGCUGCCCGCAAUGUGCUCGUCACCGAGGAGAACGUCAUGAAGAUAGCGGACUUCGGUCUGGCAAGAGACAUCCACCACAUUGAUUACUACAAGAAGACCACCAACGGCCGGUUGCCUGUUAAGUGGAUGGCUCCAGAGGCCUUGUUUGACCGGAUAUACACACACCAGAGCGAUGUCUGGUCGUUCGGGGUCCUGCUGUGGGAGAUCUUCACCCUGGGGGGCUCCCCGUACCCCGGGGUCCCGGUCGAGGAGCUCUUCAAGCUGCUCAAGGAGGGUCACCGCAUGGACAAGCCCACCACCUGCACCCAUGAGCUGUACAUGAUGAUGCGGGACUGCUGGCACGCUGUCCCUUCACAGAGACCCACCUUCAAGCAGCUGCUUGAAGAUCUGGACCGCAUCCUCAUCAUGGCCUCCAAUCAGGAGUACCUGGAUCUAACUGCACCCCCGGACCAGUACUCCCCCAGCUUCCCAGACACUCGUUGCUCCACCUGCUCCUCUGGGGAAGACUCUGUCUUCUCUCACGACCCCCACGUGGAGGACCCCUGCCUGCCCAGGUUACCCCCACAGCACAACGGGGUGGGCUUCAAGAAGCGCUGAGCCGCCCCUGUCCACAGCGUCCGUCACACAGCCAGUCUGGGAUCUGUUUUACAUGAACACAAGAAAUGAAAUGUUUUGUACGCUUUGAGUAACGGAUCACUAAAUUACGUUCUGGGAUGAAGAAGCAGUGUUUUUUUUUUUUUUUUUUUGCUUAUGGGACAAGUUCAGAAGGAUGCUUUUUGGACCCUUCACAAAGCUCCCGAACUGAGGCAUGCACUCCUGCGUUCGUACGGGGCAGUGUUGAAAAUGGACCGCAAAAAACCCGGAAUUGUGGGUCAGCGGAAGAGAUGUGCCUGUGUCAAUAUUUCUCUUUUUAAAACUGAAUUUUUUGUUUUGCUUGCUUCGUUUCCCUGUUCUCAUGUUUUGUUUUAUUGUUUCUAUAUAUAAUUUUUUUUUUUUAUAAAAGCGUAGAGCAUUGCACAGACUAACAACCCCCCCCCCGGUGCUUACGCCUUUGUAAAUACAGUUAGAAAAUGUAUAAAUAUGAAUAUAUAUUUACACUGUACUCCAAUUUUUUGUUUCUUUGUAAAAGGCAACAGAUUUCUCUUCUUUUUCAUAUUUUCUUUAAAACAAAUUGCCAGUGGAUUAGCGGGUGCUGAAAAUGUACUGCUCCUAUUGAUAAUGAACUGGCCAGUAGUUUCCAGUAGGUUUGCCUUGUCUUGACUCGCCCUGCUAUUUCCAGUACAGCUGUUGCUCUCGUUUCUUCUGCAGUCCUUUUGUGUUUUUCACGUUCAAAGUCGUUUGCAAGCUGCACUUGUGCGUUUCACUCCAGUGUCAGCCCAAGGUGUCCCUGUGCGCUCCGCGUUAUCUGAAAGAAAAGCCACCUUGUUCACACUCCAGUUUGUUUACAUCCCCCACGUCGAAUCACCUUUUAAGAUAAUGGCCACCUCCUAGGUAAAAAGGAGUCAGAUAUACAAUGGCAGAGGUCUAUUGUAUAAAACAUCUUCAAGCUGUUAUCUUCCGAUGGCAACAUCAAAAUUUAAGCCUGAUUUUCAUUACCUAAUCAUGACUCCUCUGCUCUUCAGACAAUAGCACUGGCAAUGUAUAUUAGUUUGACUGCAUUUUUGAUGCUAGCACAGGUGUAUAUGGUAUUUGUGUAAGGUGUAGUUAGCAGCACGAAACACAGUAAAGGACCUAGUUCUCUUGUUAAAGCUAAAGUCGCCGCUUUCAAACUAAAAUAAACCUGUAAUUGUAGAUGGAUAAUAUCUGGGAUGCCACUGCACUUGUGGGACAGAUUGUAAAAGAUUUUGAAUGAACAUGUAUUUUAAGAUGAGAGGACUGUCGGUACCAUACCGUCUUCAAACAACUAUGGCAGUAGACAAGUUAACUUCUGCAUUUCUGCAAAUAUUCCCGAUGGUGAAAAUAAAGUGAAACAAUUUCCAAUGUAAAA